AUGGAGCGCGGCCGCCCGGCGGGCAGCUCCCUGAGCGCCGACGCCCAGCCCGUGCCUCCGGCCGCCGAGCCCGGGGACCCGAGCCCGGGGCGGACUGGGCUGGGGUCCGCCGGUCCCGGAGGCGGCGUGCGCUCGGGGGGCGGCCGGCCGGCGGCGGCCAACGCGGCGCGGGAGCGCAGCCGGGUGCAGACCCUGCGGCACGCCUUCCUGGAGCUGCAGCGCACACUGCCGUCGGUGCCGCCCGACACCAAGCUGUCCAAGCUGGACGUGCUGCUGCUGGCCACCACCUACAUCGCGCACCUCACCCGCAGCCUGCAGGACGACGCUGACUCGCCGGCCGACCCCGGGCUGGGCGCCUUGCGUGGCGAUGGUUACUUGCACCCGGUCAAGAAAUGGCCCAUGCGAUCAAGAUUAUACAUUGGUGCUACUGGUCAAUUCCUGAAGAAUUCUGUCCCUGGAGAAAAGGCCAGUCACAGUGACUCUCCCACCAACGCGCAGCCUUAGC